AUGUUUAUCAAGAAGACACUUACGGAAUCGCAAAUGGAAGGCGUCUGUCCGAUUUGUGGGCAACGUGCAACGCUAAGAUGCGGCAGUUGCAGGCAGCAAUUUUAUUGCAGCAAGGAGCAUCAAAAACAGGACUGGCAUCGGCACAGGUCAGCCUGUCAGGCUUGGAAAAUUUGCGAGAACUCCGAACUCGGACGGCAUUUAUUGGCGUCAAGGGACUUGAAUCCGGGUGAUGUGGUCGUGUCGGAAAUGCCUCUGGUUUGGGGACCGGCAAUGCACACAGAUCAAAGAGUUUGCGUUGGUUGUGGAAAACAAUGCACGAAUUCCCGAAUGUUGUGUCUAAACUGCCUUUGGCCUGCGUGCGAUUCAGAUUGUCCUGGUCUAACUGAUAAGAGUAUACACGGUUCGGAAUGUUCGUUGUUGAUCAAAGCGAAAAUCGUUUCUAGGUGUGAUGUUUUAUUGGUAAUACGUAUGUUUCUACUGUGGCGUAACAAAUCGAAGCAGUGGAAAAGUUUAGAAAAGUUACAGAGUCACGAGGAUUCUCGUGGUCCAGGAACGAGUGUUUACGAAGAAGUUAUGGACAUAAGUCAGCAUAUCGAGCGUCUUUUACAGAACGAUCCCGCUAGUAGAGAUGUCGUAAAAAAAAUUUGCGGUUUAAUAGACGUGAACGCACUAGAAACUGCGCCACCAUAUGGCGGUGCUGCGAUUUAUGAAAUAGCAUGCCUUUUAGAGCACUCUUGUUUGCCCAAUACCAGACACAGUUUUACAAUUGACGAUAAGGGAAGACCUCGUAUCACUGUGACAGCUGUUUGUUUCAUACCAAAAGGGGAUCAUUUAAGUACAAUGUACACACACGCAUUGUGGACGACGAGAGCCCGAAGAAGUCAUCUUUUAGAAACGAAGUACUUUUCUUGUCACUGUAAGCGAUGCACCGAUCCAACCGAAUUAGGCACGCACCUUGGUACCUUGAAGUGUCCUAACGACCAAGGAUUUAUUUUACCGAAAGAUCCUCUGGACUUCGAAUCAGAAUGGAGGUGCAAUUCGUGUCCUGGUGUUCUUACAACACCGGAAGUGGUUCAAUUCAUUGGAAAACUUGAGGAAGAUGUCGACGAAGUAAUGCGUCAAUCAAACAUGAACAAAUUGGCCGAUCUUCUUUCUCGACUCACAACAUUGUUGCAUACCGAUCAUCAACAGUGCAUCACGGUGAGUCACUCGCUGAUUCAAUUGCUGCCUGGAAAGGAUCCGAGAAAACCUGAACUGUGUAAACGUAUUCUACAAACUACCAAAACGCUGGAUCCGUAUGGUGUCAGAUUGGUACUGUACACUGCGGUGGCAUUGAGAGAAUUGUCCACUUGUCCUGGAGAAGAUAGGAGAGCUCUUUUAUCGGAAGCUUUAUCAUUGAUGCAAUACGAGCCGGAAGAUUCACCUGGCGGUAAGCUGAAGGUGUUGAUGGAAUCUGAGUUAUAA